AUGGAACCAGAAAACCACACGGGGACUCCAGGAUUUCUCCUCCAGGGACUUUCUGAGAAGCCAGAGAUGCAGUCGGUUCUCUCUGGGCUGUUCCUGUCCUUGUACCUGGUGACCAUCUUUGGCAACCUGCUCAUCAUCCUGGCCAUCAUCUCAGACUCCCACCUGCACACGCCCAUGUACUUCUUCCUCUCCAACCUGUCCUUUUCUGACAUCUGCUUCACCUCCACCACCAUCCCCAAGAUGCUGGUGAACCUCCAGACACAGAGCAAGGCCAUUACCUAUGCAGGCUGCAUCACCCAGAUGUACUUCUUCACUGUUUUUGGACUGCUGGACAAUUUACUUCUUACCGUGAUGGCCUAUGACCGCUUCGUGGCCAUCUGCCGGCCCCUGCACUACACGGUCCUCAUGAGCCCCAAACUCUGUGCUCAGCUACUUCUCCUGAGCUGGCUCGUCAGUGUGCUGGGAGCCCUUCCUGAGAGCGUGAGUGUGCUGAGGCUCUCCUUCUGCACAGACGUGGAAAUCCCACACUAUUUCUGUGAAUUCCCUGAGGUCCUCAAGCUCGCCUGCUCUGAUACUUUCGUCAAUAGCGUCAUAUUGUACUUAGUGACGGGCAUCAUGGGGUUUUUCCCUCUUGCUGGGAUCCUUUUCUCUUAUUCUAAAAUUGUUGCUUCUGUCCUGCGGAUCUCCACAGCAGGAGGGAAGUACAAGGCCUUUUCCACCUGUGGUUCUCACCUCUCAGUUGUCUCCCUGUUCUAUGGAACCUGCCUGGGGGUCUACCUCAGCUCCACAGGGACACGCACCUCGUGGACAGGGGUGUUGGCCUCCACCCUGUACAUCCUGGUCACCCCCAUGGUGAACCCCUUCAUCUACAGCCUGAGGAACAGGGACAUGAAGAGGGCCCUGGGAACAUUUCUGUGCAGCUCCUUGUCCUGCAGCAGACAGGAAUACUGA